AUGACUGAUAAAAGUUUUAUUGUUGGUGCACUUCUUUACCCCGGUUAUGACCUUUUGGAUUUUAAUGGACCAAUUCGUUUUUUAGGAACAUUAAAAAAUUUUGAAUUAGAUGUAAAGAUUAUUACAAUUUCUCAACACGGAGGAAAUGUUGAAUCGAAUAGUCAAAGUUCUAAUUUGUCGAAUUAUUCUUUCAAUGAAUGCCCCAACUUCAAUGUUCUGCUGAUACCAGGUGGUGUUGGAACCAGAAAAGAAAUUGAUAACUCAGCCCUGAUAAAUUUUAUCGAUAUGUGGGUUCCAAAAGUAGAUUAUGUUUUGACGGUUUGUACUGGAAGUUCUUUGUUAGCAAAGACAGGUCAUUUAGAUGGUAAAAAAGCCACUUCAAACAAGAGAGCAUUUAAUUGGGUUACUUCUCAUGGUCCAAAGGUAAAUUGGAUUAAACAUGCUAGAUGGGUAGUUGAUGGAAAAUUCUAUACAUCAGCUGGAGGGAUGGAUAUGGUGCUUGGUUGGAUUUCUGAUGUAUUUGGAGAAAAGCAUGCAAAGGAUGCAGCUCUUUUCGCUGAAUAUGAAUGGCAUUCUGAUCCUUCUUGGGAUCCUUUUUCCGAGAUGGAACCGGACUCUUCUGCUAAUACUUUAUG